CGAGAAGCGAGGUUUUAAAUUUAAAACGUUUCUGCGCAUGUUAAAUAUUUUCAAUUUUCAAUAAAUUUUACAUAUGAGUACGUUUCGUCACAUUUUGCGCAACGUAGCGGUGGCGACCGAGACUCUCGUAUAUCUGUAUAGCCCGCCAAGUUUCUAACCUAUCUGCCUGUUAUUUUAUUAAUAUUAUAAUUAAAUUUGACUACAAUUAUUAAUUAGUAUAUAUUAAUUAAUUAGUUAAUUAUUAUCGCUAAUUAAUAUCGCUUAAUAAUAUCGCUAAUUUACGAUUGUGUGUAUGUGCGUGUAUGUGUGCGCAAGUGCAUGCAAAUCUUUCCAUUUUUUUCUCAUAGAAGUUGACAAGAGUGUUUUCGAGUUACAGCAAACACAUGAACGAAAGUGCACGAAACACGUAUACUUUAUUAAUAUAAUAUAUAUAACAGCACAUGUAAUUUCCACAAUCAAAAAUUAAUGUACAUAGAUUAUUUGCUUGAUAAAUAAAGUUUUGGGCAAAAAAAUUGCAUAAAAAUGGAUAAAUUAAGGAGAGCUCUGAACGGUAAUGAACGAUGUGAUGAAGAAAGUGGUAUUAUUACACAGGUUGAUGUGGAUUUCACGGUCAUGGACCAAACAACAUUGAGUUGGUCUACUAGGAUAAAAGGUUUUGCAAUUUGCUUCAUCAUAGGCAUAUUAUGUUCGUUUCUUGGAUCUUUUGCCCUAUUUUUGCAAAAAGGCCUUGCUGUAUUUGCUGUAUUCUAUACUCUAGGCAAUAUUAUCUCUUUAGCAAGCACAUGUUUCUUAAUGGGUCCGAUCAAUCAAUUUAAGAAGAUGUUUGCAUCAACAAGAUUGAUUGCAACUAUAUUAGUAUUUACUUCAAUUGCUUUGACGUUAGUUGCAGCUUUAUACUUGCACAACCCUGGUUUAGCUCUCUUAUUUAUAAUUAUUCAGUCAUUAGCUAUGACAUGGUAUUCCUUAUCAUACAUACCAUAUGCUCGCGAUGCUGUCAAAAAGACAGUGGAAGCCUGUAUUACAUGAGAAAAGCAAUCUUCAUCUUCAAUCAAGUCUUUUUUUACUCUGCAUUAAAGUUUGUUGUAUAAAUAUUAAAUUCUACAGUGCCUUCUGACACUUUAAUCAUAUUGUAAUAUCUAACAUGUGAAUUGUAAUCUAUUCAUCUUGUAAGAGGUAAAUAUUAAGAUACUCGAGAAUUAUAAAUUUACUGUAAUAUAUACAAGACAAUACAAUAUGUAUUAUGAAGCAUUUGUUGUAUAUCACAAAUGAUAUACUUAAUUCCAUGUGAUACGUAUGUAAUACAUUGCGUUACUUGAAUUAAUCGCGAUAUGAAAUGUAAUAAUAAAUAUUGUAUUAUUAUAUAUUUCUUACAACAUUUAUAUUAUUAUUGUUAGAAUUUAAUACUACAAGAUUUUUGUACUGUAUGUACGCAUUGUAUUUUUAUAUUAUUUAAAAAUGCAUUGCAUUUUUGAAUAAAAAGUUACACACUU